GAGGGGGGCUCCCGAGCACGCGCGCGGAGACGGGACUUAGGAAGCUCUCGCGAGAUCUUCACGAUGCUAUAUAUGUACGCAGGGAGCCCGCGUCCUUUCCCUGGUGUGAUUCCGUCCUGCGCGGCUGUUGUGUGGAACAGUAGUCGUUUAUCUCCGUCCGCCUUCUCUUCCACCUAAGUGCGUGCCACCACCCCAUGGAAGAUUCGAUGGACAUGGACAUGAGCCCCCUGAGGCCCCAGAACUAUCUUUUCGGUUGUGAACUAAAGGCUGACAAGGAUUAUCACUUUAAGGUGGAUAAUGAUGAAAAUGAGCACCAGUUAUCUUUAAGAACGGUCAGUUUAGGAGCUGGUGCAAAGGAUGAAUUGCACAUUGUUGAAGCAGAGGCAAUGAAUUAUGAAGGCAGUCCAAUUAAAGUCACACUGGCAACUUUGAAAAUGUCUGUACAGCCAACGGUUUCUCUUGGAGGCUUUGAAAUAACACCACCUGUGGUCUUACGGUUGAAAUGUGGUUCAGGGCCUGUGCAUAUUAGUGGACAGCACUUAGUAGCUGUGGAGGAAGAUGCAGAGUCAGAAGAUGAAGAGGAAGAGGACGUGAAACUCCUUAGUAUAUCUGGAAAGCGUUCUGCCCCUGGAAGUGGUAGCAAGGUUCCACAGAAAAAAGUAAAACUUGCUGCUGAUGAAGAUGAUGAUGAAGAUGACGAUGAUGACGAAGAUGACGAAGAUGAUGAUGAUGAUGAUUUUGAUGAUGAGGAAGCUGAAGAAAAGGCUCCAGUAAAGAAAUCUAUACGAGAUACUCCAGCCAAAAAUGCACAAAAAUCAAACCAGAAUGGAAAAGACUCAAAACCAUCAACACCAAGAACAAAAGGUCAAGAAUCUUUCAAAAAACAGGAAAAGACGCCCAAAACACCGAAAGGACCUAGUUCUGUAGAAGACAUUAAAGCAAAAAUGCAAGCAAGUAUAGAAAAAGGUGGUUCUCUUCCCAAAGUGGAAGCCAAGUUCAUCAAUUAUGUGAAGAAUUGCUUCCGGAUGACUGACCAAGAGGCUAUUCAGGAUCUCUGGCAGUGGAGGAAGUCUCUUUAAGAAAAUAGUUUAAACAGUUUGUUAAAAUUUUCCGUCUUAUUUCAUUUCUGUAACAGUUGAUAUCUGGCUGUCCUUUUUAUAAUGCAGAGUGAGAACUUUCCCUACCGUGUCUGAUAAAUGUUGUCCAGGUUCCAUUGCCAAGAAUGUGUUGUCCAAAAUGCCUGUUUAGUUUUUAAAGAUGGAACUCCACCCUUUGCUUGGUUUUAAGUAUGUAUGGAAUGUUAUGAUAGGACAUAGUAGUAGUGGUGGUCAGACAAAUGGAAAUGGUGGGGAGACAAAAAUAUACAUGUGAAAUAAACUCAGUAUUUUAAUAAAGUA